CGCGCCCCCGGGGUGCUGCCGGGCGGCGAGGACGGCGGCCCCGGCGGCGGGGGGAGGCCCCGUGGCCCCGUCCCCCCCCCCUUGGAGGCCCUUUUCUUUUUUUUAUUUAAUUUUGUAAGAAAAAGCCAAAAAAAAUUGUAAAAGUACCAAAAACGGGGGGUUGGGGGCAGCAGGGCUCCUUUCUUUUUUUUUUUUUUAACUGUUAUUUAAUGAACGGGGUUUGGUUUUUUGCCGCCUGUCUGUGUCUGCUCCUUGCGCCCGGGUGCUCGGCGCUGCGCGGGCGGCGGGCGGACUCCAUUUCCCGGCAGCCCCCGCGGCGGCGGCCGGAAGCGGCGCCAUUUCCCGGCGGGCCGCGCGGCGGCGGCGGCGCCAAGAUGGCGGCGGCGGGGGGCGCGGGGCCGGCGGCGGCGCGGGAGCUCUUCGCCGAGGGGCUGCUGCAGUUCCUGCGGCCCGCGGUGCGGCAGCUCGACGGGCACGUCCACGCCGUCAGGGAGAGCCAGGUGGAGCUGCGGGAGCACAUCGACAGCCUGGCCACAGAGCUGUGCCGCAUCAAUGAGGACCAGAAGGUCGCCCUGGACCUUGACCCCUACGUGAAGAAGCUACUGAACGCGCGGCGCAGGGUGGUGCUGGUCAACAACAUCCUGCAGAACGCCCAGGAACGGCUGCGGAGGCUCAACCACAGCGUGGCCAAGGAGACGGUGCGGAGAAGGGCCAUGCUGGAGGCGGCGGGCGGCUACCCCCAUGGCCUGCCGGGCAAGUGAGGCCCCUGCAGCGGCGCCGGGCCGGUUCUGCCUGUACGACCUCCUCGGGACGCGGCUGCGCCGGCGGUCCUGAGAGUGACACCCUCCCCAGCGCGGCUGGGAGCCGGGCCGGAGCAGGAGCUGCCCCCGCCACGGCAGGCACCACCCAGCUCCUGCCUUAGGCCAGCGAACAGACUGAGCCACCACCGAGCGGAGCAGGUAUCCCUGUUUGUAGCAACGCUUUUCUUAUCGUCCGCAGCACUGGAGGGGGGGAAAAGUCCUACAAAUUGAAGCUGCAGCUUUUUGACUACAGCGUAAUGAACUGGGAGUGACCCCGUGUAUUGUAUUUUGAGGCUUGUAGGCACUGUAAUAAAAGUGACUGCGUAUUGCUUA